UGAGGUCAAACUGGCUUUGCAGCAAUUAUGAAACAAUUUACAAGGAAGCUUUAAGAGGUCAUCAUAUGCCUGUUUUUCCACAAGUUGUCAUGGUUCCUUGGGGUCUCAAUGAAAUGUCUGUAACAUACUUGAGUGAAAAUACCACCCUUCUCACCCUGUCUUGGGUUUUUAUAUCUUACAACACCUCGCCCCCUUCUUUCCAAAGAAUAGAUGGUGUGUUAGUUAGCACAUUUGUUUAAAACAAAAACUCCACCUGAAGACUGGCACCUAUCUUAUUGCAAUCACCUGACACAUACGUAACUGGGGGGGGUAGGAUGUGUGUGGUUUCCUGCCUGUUAAAAAACACGUCUUUCACCACCUCCUCAUAUCUGUCCUCACAACUGCAUUGGAAUCAACUAUUGCUGUCAUCUCAUCAGGACAGCACUAAGCCUCGGCAUAUCCCAAAGGUAACUUUGGACAGAAAGGUUCUGGGUCAAGGACAAAUUAAUGUCUCUCAGAUCAGACAUGCUCCAGUUCUGGUCCCUCCUGCUGGGGCUACAGUGGGGUACCAUGUUCACCCAGGCAGCAGACUCAGAGGCAGGCAAAUGUAUCUCUUCUACAAGCCUGCCUUUAAGUGAAGAGUACUACGAGGCUCUGCAAAAUGUUGAAGAACAGUGUAAAAGCGAUAGGUUGGAGAAAGACCAAGAGUUUGGAGUCAGUCUAUUUGUGAGGAACGGCAGUGGACAGAUGGAACAUGGCAGAAGCAUAUAUGGAGACAAGGCAAAACUAGGAGAGUCAUACUGUGACUUAUACAGUGGUCUUCACCUGCCUGACAGUGUUCCUCAUAGGUUUUUGCUGAACAUCUCUUGUUUGCUAGACUCUCAGAAUGAACUAAAGUGCAGCUGGAACACAACGCACAUCCCUGCUGAUGCUCAGUAUUCCAUCGCUGGUCUACUUUGCAAUGAAGCUAAGGUCCUGAUGUCCUGGAACUGUAUCGUGCAUCACCUAGGAAACCUCACAGGAUGUCAGGGAACGACUACUGAACAUCAAGACCUAUCCAAAAUAAUUAUACGGGUCAAUGUGUCUGUCAGUGGAUUCUGGUAUAUUCACACUGAAUAUUUUGAAACAAUGUGGAUUGAAAAACUGGAUUCUCCAAAGAUUACAAAUUCCUCUUUCAAAGACAUCGGUGGAAAUCGGUGCUUGGAUAUCCACUGGGAAAAGCCUGUAUCCCGAGUAAAAACCACGAUAAAUGCUAAAUGCUUCCUCUAUGAGAUCAAGAUAAAUGAUGAAGUUACAACCUUAAAAAGUGGCUCGUUGAACUACUCUGAGCAAAACACUGAUCCGAGCAGAAAAUACACUGUACAGAUGAGAGUGAACUGGAGUAAAGAUUGUUCAUACUGGAGUCCCUGGAGUGAUUGGAGUGAACCAAUAGUGGUGGGGCCGGCUGUGGGGCCUCAACCUGAAUACAGCGCUUGGAUGAUUCUGGUCAUAGCCCUUGGACUACCCAUGAUCCUCUUGGUCUUCCUGCUUCUUUUCUGCAAGCUCCAGAGGUAUGGAUUCUGUUCCCACCAAUUCCAAGACCUCACAUACGAAUUAAAGCUCUUCUGGAGCAAGAUGAUGGCUUCCAGACAAUGUCGAAAAAACCUGCUGAGGAGGUCAGUGUUGAGCGUGUGAGUGAAGUGGAUAUAUACAAGCCAUGAGCCCAGACUAAUCUUGUCAUUGCUGAUGUCCAGAGACGCCAAAGGACAUUCUUGAAUUUAAGAGGGACAUUAAUGUACAAUACAAAAUAUAUAAACAAUAUGCAAAGAAACAAAGAAAAUAGCCUACUUCAUAAAUCUUUUUUGUAGUUUUGUACCCAGUGUGAAAAUGGUAACAUUGAUACACAAGUGUGUGAGGUUUGAAAGUGUUUGCUUAGCAUGUUGACUGGUGGACUGAUGUGUUAUCAUAGAUGUAGUUCUACAGUCAUAUUCUAUUGAAUUUUGAAACGUGUAGCAUGAACCAUGUUCUCUUGAAUUUGUAAGUGUGAAUCUUUGCCGUGUGGAGCAGUUAAAGAUGUCUUUUGAAAGAAUUGAAAGUGUAGGCAAGUGUUCUGUAUAUAUGUUGUUUUUCUGUGUGUUGAGAACAGUGUUUUUUAUUGUAAUAAAUAACACAUGAUACUUCUA